CUUUUCCUCUCUCCUCAAACUCCAAACCAGUGCUUUGCAUCUCCUUCCUCCUCCUAAAACCCUCCUCUUCCUCUUAAAACCCUACCAACAAAAGCAGCGUCUUGUAGUUGUAUCUACAUUCGGCGCCGCCUCUGCCAACCGCCUCUCCUCUGCUCCUGCUAUUCUCGGUUUUUGUAUUAAGUGGAAUUAGCAGGUAGUAAUGGGAAGCAGGAAAGGAGGACCUAGUUCUGUAGAGGAGGAAAUAGUUGUAGAAGGCGAAACUUCUAACGAAAAAUUAGGGUUAGAUAAGACAAAGGGGAAGAAGGGGAAGAAGGGGAAGGAUAAUGGACCGCGAAGUGAAGGCGGGAGUGAUGGACCUUCAACUCCGGCUUCUAGCUCAGCUAAACCUAUGGAGAGGAGAAAGAAGAGGAAAUUGUUAGAUAAGGUGAGACAUAGUAGUGCUACUGAAAGCAAGGAAAUAAAGCCAGCUCAAGAAACACCUGUAUGGAAAUUUGAGGACCCGGGAACAGCAAGUAGUAGCAAUGGUCAGCCAGUUCUUCACAUGGAGGUUUUUACUGAAUUGGCCUCGGCUGAUGCCUCUAAAAGAGAAGCUGCUGCUGAGAGAUUGGCGGUUGAGUUGCAGGAAAUACAGAGGGCAUAUAAGCAGGGUGGUAAUGAGGAUUCUGUUCAAGGUGGGCUUCAAUUGGAAGCUGCAAAGGAUGAUGGUCUAGAUAACUGUGCACCACCCGUACGGUAUGCUGUGAGAAGGCUUAUUCGUGGUGUUUCUUCAUCGCGAGAGUGUGCAAGACAAGGAUUUGCUUUAGGUUUGACAAUAGUAGUCAGCACAAAUUCUAAGAUUAGAGUUGAUUCAGUGCUAAAGCUGAUAGUUGAUUCAUUGGAGGUCACUUCUUCAAUGAAAGGCCAGGAGGCAAGGGAUUGUCUUUUGGGUCGUCUUUUUGCGUAUGGUGCCAUUGCAAGGUCUGGGAGAUUGAAAGAAGAAUGUGCGUCUGACAUAAAUAGCCCUUACAUCAAAGAAUUUACAAGUCAUCUUAUGUCUGUGGCAUCCAAGAAACGAUACCUGCAAGAGCCAACUGUUUCAGUACUUGUGAACUUAAUGGACAUGUUGCCCAUAGAAGCUGUGGGGAAUCAUAUCGUUUAUGCUCCUGGACUUCGUGAGUGGUUUGCAGCAGCCCCUACUGAGGGGAAUCCUGAUGCCCUGCUUCUGGCAUUAAAAAUUCGGCAAAAGACUGCCACUGAUAGUGUUGUUUUUGAUGACCUUUUGCCUCGUCCAUUCAGUCCAAGCAGGUUUUUCACUGUUGACCAUUUGACUUCUAUUGCUAAUUGCUUAAAGGAGUCCACAUUCUGCCAGCCACGAGUUCAUGGUAUUUGGCCUCUCCUGGUCAGCCUUCUCUUACCAGACACAGUCUUGCAAGAUGCUAAUUCCUCAUCAAGUUUAAGUUCGACUAAAAAGAACAAAAAGAGCCGCAGAUCGAGCUCUUCUGAUGAAGAUAUUGCAGAGAGCCUUAGAUGUUUUUGUGAGGUGAUCCUUGAAGGGUCCCUGCUGACCUCAUCGCAUGACCGGAAACACUUAGCAUUUGAUAUUUUACUUCUGAUGCUUCCAAGGCUACCUGCUUUUCAUAUCCCUAUUGUUCUCUCCCACAAGUUUGUUCAGGGCCUCAUGGAUAUAUUGUCCACCAAGGAUUCUUGGCUGUAUAAAGUUGCAGAACAUUUCCUCAAACAAUUAUUAGACUGGGUUGGCUCAGAUGACAUUAAAAGGGUUUUUGUGGUUGUGGCUUUGCAGAAGCAUAGUGGUGGGAGGUUUGAUUGUAUAACUCGAACAAAAACUAUUAAAGAUCUAAUGGCUGGUUUCACAACCGAGUCUGGCUGCAUGCUGUUCAUGCAAAAGUUGACUAGCAUGUUUGUAAAUGAAGAGCAUGCCUCUGAUGAACCAUCAGAUAAGAACCUAGCUACUGAUAACAUGUCUGAGAUAGGUUCAGUUGAGGAUAAGGAAUCUGCUGAUAGUAAUUCUGAUCUGAUGAAAAGUUGGAUAGUGGAGUCGCUUCCAACUCUUCUGAAAUAUUUGACACUAGACCCUGAAGCAAAAUUCCGGGUGCAAAAGGAAGUGAUGAAGUUCCUAGCAGUACAAGGUCUGUUUUCUGCAUCACUUGGUACAGAAGUGACAUCUUUUGAACUACAAGAGAAGUUUGAAUGGCCAAAAACACCCAUCUCAAGUGCUCUUUGCAAGAUGUGUAUAGACCAGCUUCAGUUACUGCUUUCCAAUGCUCAAAAAGCUGAGGGACCUCAUGCUUUGCCAAAUAGCCUUGAGACAAAUGACCUUGGCUGCUAUUUCAUGCGUUUUCUGGGCACAUUGUGCACUAUUCCUUCCGUUUCCCUUGUUCGUCCCUUGAGCAAUGAGGAUGAGAAGACGUUCAAAAAGCUACAGGCUUUGGAAUCAACUCUUUCAAGAGAGGAGAGAAAUCGUGGGCUCAGUGCAGAUGCAAACAAAUUACAUGCACUUAGGUACUUGCUCAUUCAACUACUACUUCAACUUCUCCAGAGGCCUGGUGAAUUUACAGAAGCUGCUUCUGAACUUAUAAUAUGUUGUCGGAAAGCCUUCUCUAUUCAUGACCCCCCUGAGUCUUCUGAGGAGGAUGAGGCAGAAGAUGGUGAAUCCCCUGAAUUGAUGGAUGUUUUAGUGGACACAUUGCUGUCAUUGUUGCCACAGUCAUCAGCUCCUCUGAGGUCCGCAGUUGAGCAGGUUUUUAAAUACUUUUGUAAUGAUGUUACUGAUGAUGGGCUGCUCCGGAUGCUGCGGGUGAUAAAGAAAGAUCUAAAGCCAUCUAGGCGUAAGGAUGCUGAUAGUGAAGAUGGUAGUGAUGCUGACGAUGAUGACCUUCUAGACCUAGAAGAAGCAGAAGAAUCUGAUGAAGCUGAUGCUGUUGAAACGGCCGUAAUGACUGAUGAUACUGAAGCUACAGUUACAGCUGAUGCGUCAGAUGAAGAAUUUCCUGAUGCUUCUGAUUCAGAUGAUGAUUCAGAUGAAGACAUGGAUGAUGAGGCCAUGUUUCGGAUGGAUUCCUAUCUUGCAAAGAUUUUUCAGGAACGAAAGAACCAAGCUGGGGGUGACACUGCUCAUGCGCAGCUCAUACUAUUUAAACUCCGUGUACUUUCACUGCUUGAAAUCUACCUUCAUGAGAAUCCAGGUUCUUCACGGGUCUUGACUGUAUAUUCAAAUUUGGUGCAAGCAUUUGUGAAUCCGAGUACAACCGAAGGCAGCGAACAACUUGCACAACGUAUAUGGGGAAUUUUGCAAAAAAAAAUCUUCAAGGCAAAGGACUAUCCCAAGUCAGAAGAUGUGCAACUCGUUACCUUGGAAGGUCUACUGGAAAAGAGCCUUCGGCUGGCUUCCAGACCAUUUCGGAAAAAGAAAACCUCUGGUAGUGUACAACAAAAGAAGAAGUCAUUUUCCUGGAAUCGAUACAAGAUGAUUAAUUCCCUUGCUCAGCAAUCGACAUACUGGCUUCUGAAGAUUAUCGAGGUAAGAAAAAUCUCAGAGUCAGACCUCAGUAAGGUAUUUGAAAAUUUCAAGGAUGCCCUUGUCAAAUACUUUGAAACCAAGAAGUCCCAAUUAAAGCCGGAGUUCUUAAAAGAAGUAUUCAAGAGAAGGCCUUGGGUUGCGCGGCAUCUAUUUGGAUUUCUCGUGGAGAAAUGUGGGGAUGGAAAGUCUGAUUACAGGAGAGUCGAAGCUCUUGAAUUAGUGUUAGAAAUCUUGAAGUCAGUCCUUGCAGAAAGUACACCAGAAGCAUCAAAGACAUUCUUGAAGGCUCAUAUGUCUAAACUCAGUCACUUGAUAAAGCAGUUGGCAACACAUAUGCCGGAGAAGCAGUCAAGACGGGCUGAUGUAAGGAAGUUUUGUGGCAAGGUUUUCCAGACAAUAUCCACCCACAACAUGACUAAAUCAUUUCUUAAGACAUUAGAACCAGAUGCUCAUGCUGCUUGUGAGUCUCAAUUUGGUGAGCUGUUUCUUGCUUUGAAGAAAAUGAACAACUGAGUUGAAGUCUUUGUAAAAUUCUGGGUUUAGCAUUAUUGUGAUACAGAACUCGGUAGGGAUGAUUGGGAUUUUUACACUCGGGGAACUUCUACCAAUCUUUAGUGCUUCUAGACUUCCAAUUUUGUUAAUUUAGGAUACAGAAUUUUAGUUUUACAUUCGGAGAUCUUUUUUUUCAAAAAAACAAAUAUUUAUUUGAUGUUAUUCACAUUUAUGGAUGAUUCUUGUUAUUA